AUGGCGCCUUCAGUAAUUUCAAGAAAUUUAGCUUCAGACUCUAGGUCAGCUACAUCGACCCCUUAUAUAUAUCACAAGUCCAAACUAGGUCUGGUUUCAAACACCCCCAAUUCAAAUUCAACUUCAGCUUCUGUUUCCGGUAUAGAUACCAAAAGCCUCGCUAGUGACACUACCUCAUUGUAUACUGUUCCAUCAAAGACAACCGUUGCAACCACACAAGUAUCAGGAAAGGAGCAAGAUCCUACAUUUAAUCUACCACUUGAUUUAAGUGAUAAUUUAGCACAUAAUUUACAAACAGCUUAUCAAUUAACUCAACAAGAAACAAACAUGUCAUUGGAACAAUACGAUUUGGAAACUCCUGAUCGAUAUCGCAUCAAGCUACAAUUUACCAAACGUGAGAUUGAAAUGUUGAGAUAUACAUGGAAUAAAAUGUUGUUGGAAGAAAACAAAUCGUCAAAAAAUAUGCCAGGUGGAUUUGAUGGCGAUGAUGAAGGAUUGAAAAGGGAAUCUACAAGGGGUCUGACAACAAGUCCACGACAAACAACAACAUCACUGAUGGCAUCAUCAUUAUUCUGUCGUCAGUUGUAUGCCAAUUUAUUAACCAUUGCACCCGAAUUAGAACUUCUAUGGCCAUCAUUAAGACAUCAAGCAGUUAGUUUUGCGCAAGUUAUGAAAAUGACAAUUGCCAACUUGGAAGAUUUAUCGGUAUUGGAUUCAUUUUUUGAAAAAUUGGGUAAAAGUCAUGCAAGAAUCUUUGGCAUUGAGCCACCGGCUUACGAAAUUAUGGGUGAGGCAUUAAUACAAACUUUUAAUGAACGAUUUGGGUCUAGGUUUACUAUUGAGUUGGAAGUAUUGUGGAUCAAAUUGUUUCUAUACAUGGCUAAUUCGAUUUUACAAUUUGGGUUGGAUCCUGUACUUCGAUUACACAAGACUGACAGUAGACAGUCGUUAUCAAUAGUCAAAACUCAAUCAGGCGAUAUAUUAGCAGCCGAUGCGGAUAUAAAUUCAGUAUUUGACGAAAAGAAAUCGGUUCUGACUAAUGGCACAUCAGUGUUGGAUGAUUUGGCCCAACCACCUAGAAUAGAAUCUAAAUCAAAAGGUCGCUUUACUAGUCAUCGUGGAAGUAUUAGCUAUAAUGGUGUUGAUUUGGGACCAAUCUUGGAAAAGAAGAAGCUGAAACAAGUAGAUGCACAAUCGACAACAAAAAAAGUUGGUAGAUUGGGAAGAUUGAAGAAGAAAGGUGACUGUGUGAUUAUGUAA